AUGGUGAGGGAUAACCCCCGAAUCACCAACCCUAGCCCAGUCCGUGACCUAGGUCUCGGUGCAAUGGACUACGAGCGCUGGGCCGCGUUACACAACGAGCUCCUAAGACGAGGGGCAGAAGGCAGCAGCCGCAAGAUGCCGUCGUCACCAAGAACAUAUUGGGAGGCAGCGGGCCCCCCGAGGAGGCCGCCGGUGGUUGAUUUCCUGAAAUGCGCCUAUGUUGAGUCCCCUCUUCUUGCUGAGCGCGGCGCGCUGCUCCAUUUCGUCGGGGAUCUAGCCGAACCGUCUACGAUGGUGGAUGUGUAUGUCGGGUGUGCGAACGAGGUGCCGACUGGGACGUUUAUUCGGCUGCACAGGCUCAGCAAGUUUCGGAAUGGCGGUAACGAGGGGACUUUGUUGAAUCAGAAUACCAUGGAGGCAAGCUUCAUCACAGACUAUAAUGAUACACCGGGUGUUUGCGCCCUUCCCUUCGCCUGGAUGCCGCUUGAAGUCAUUCUAGAGGCUUACCUUCGAUUGAUUGACGAGGGGAAAGUCGAGCGGUUACAGAUGAUAGGGCAGAUUACCUCGUGGACGAACUUGACAGGCCCUGGGUGA